AUGGAUACUGGCUUCUCCUCGUACCACAAUGGUGGUCCCACCAGAGAACAAGACUUCAGCAGGCUUGCUCAAACUAUUGGCACAUCGAUAUUAAAGAUAUCCCAAAAUGUAUCAUCCAUGCAAAAGAUGGUUAACCAGAUUGGAAGCUCAACAGAUUCACAAGAAUUGCGACAUCAAUUACAUCAAAUUCAACACUAUACACAGCAGCUUGCUAAAGACACAAGUGGACAUCUCAAAGAGCUAAAUGUUCUGGCCAAUAAUUCUGGGUCUGGUAGUCCAGGAGAGCAACGACAGCAUAAAAUGCAAAAAGAAAGACUUCAUGAUGAAUUCAUGGCUGCUCUUAAUAAUUUCCAGACUGUGCAAAGGUUAGCGGCUGAUAAGGAAAAAGACAUUAUCAAAAAAACUAAGGCUAGCGUGGGACCUUUCGCCGAAAAAACGCAAGAUGUAUUGAUCGAGCUGCAAGAUAACAGAAGCCAAGUUCAGCAGCUUCAACACCAGCAACAAGAAGAACAGAAUUUGAGAAUGCUUGAAGAACAGGAAGCCAACAUUCGUCAACUUGAAAGCGAUAUAAGCGAUGUCAAUCAGAUAUUUAAAGAAUUAGGUGCUCUUGUGCACGAGCAAGGUGAAGUUAUAGAUUCAAUCGAAACAUCUAUUGAAAGAACCGAAGUAUUUGUAAAUGAGGGCACAACUCAACUCAGACAGGCAUCAACUUACAAAAAUCAAAUACGAAAGAAAAAGUGUGUGCUGAUAGUUAUUGGUGUUACUAUUUUGACCAUUCUGAUUGGAACCAUUUUUUGGCAGAGUUCUUAGAACAAGCAAACUUUGCAGAGACUUUGAAACAUGUCGGUAAAUUUUAACAAGAAAUUAAUCGUGAUUACUCUAAUCGUAGGUGGAACACGUAUGAAAAGCGUAUGCCAUGGAGCAAAACGAGAAUCGGAAAUGUUAAUCUAAUAACCUUGCAAGUGCCGCUUGUUUAUGAUCGUGAUAAUAAGUGUGUUUAAAGGCAGUAUGUUUUAAGCUAAAGAGGUAACAUUAAUGAGGACUGACCGAUGUUUUUUUGUACGAUACGUUAAUUGUAUAUUGCUUACAAUAAAAGUGAUACAAGGAAUUCCGGUAAAUAUUAUCAAAUAGUUUUAGUUUUUACCAUUUUUAAUCAAAUUAUCAGAAGUCGAAGCUUCUAUGAAUCGUUACUUUUAAUUGUUCCGAAAAACCAUUUAUUAAGAAAUCUUGAAAAUGAAUUGAACUUGAAACAUUCAACUAAUGAAAGUAUAUUUGUUUCAUUAUAAAUUUCCGAGUAUUUUUUAAAAAACUUUGUUUUGAUAACAUUUCCUCUUAAUAAUACUACGUGUUAAAACUAUUUGAAUGUAAGAAUGUCACAUGUGCCGAUCUAAAGUAAUGUUUUAAAUAACUAUAUGUGAUGCAAUAAACUGUUUGUUGAUAAUUGCACAAUAGUCACUGAUGUACAUCAUUUAAAAAAAAGUUUUUAUAAUCAAUCAUUCCAAAAAUUAUUUUUAUGUAAAGCUAUAUUUUCGGCAUAAUACGCAAGGCUUGAUUUCUUGAAUCCUUUUGGGUGAAACCCGUACACUGUUGUAAUGGUAAUUGUUAUUGCAUAAUUUCUCUUUUCAGCGAACAUUGUUAGGUGUAUCAAUUGAUUGAAAGCAAAUAUAAAUCCAAGAAAAAAAUAUGUAUAUAGGCAACUCUUAUUAUUAUUAUUAUUGUUCAGUAAUUAUUUCAAUCAUGCUUAGUUUUGAUGAUAGAUCUUACUACUAUAUAUUUUAUAAACAUAGAUAUAUAAAUACUAUA